UGCUAGCGUCGCGGGAGCUAGGUUGACUGGGGAGAUAGGUUGACUGGGGAGAUAGGUCGAUUUCUCUCUCAAGAUCAAGAGAUGGCAUCUGGAAGCCGCGGCGACAUGGACGGGAGGCGAUGGUCGGACCUCCCGGCGGACGUGCUCCGUGAGAUAUCCGGCCGCGUGCGCGCCGCCGCCGGCUUCGUCAGCUUUCACGGCGUCUGCAAGCAAUGGCGCGGCUCGCGCGACCCGCUAUCCCGGCGGGCGAGGGCAACCAGGACCCAAUUCCUGCCAUGGCUCCUCGCGCCGCCGGACGAAGAACCCGGCCACUUGAAGUUCAGGUGCGUCUUCUCCAAGGCCAGCUACCGCGUGGUGCCCCCUUCGCCCGUGCCCCGGAGAAACUGGGUGUGCAGGACGGACGGAGCCGGCGUGUGGUAUCUGGCCGUCGACGAACGCCUCCGCCCUAGCCUCCACGACCCUCUCACCGGAGCCGUCGCCCACCUGCCCACCUUCCCGUGGGGAGAGGGGUUUAACCCCUGCGGCGUCAUCUACGACGACGGCACCACAUUCCUGUACAGCUACAAUGGAAGAAGUGGAUGGUUCAGGGCAGCUCUCCUGCGUCCCGGUGAUGCCGAGUGGACGGCCGUCGAGAGGACCCUCGAAGCACCUUUGAUUUGGUACCGUGAGUUCUGCGCCACGUACCACGGUGGCAAGAUCAUGGUGACCGCUGAUGCUAGCCUGUGGCACGUAGUCACACCUGAUGGUGAUGAUGGUGACGACGUGUUGGUACCAAGGCCGCCACCAUGUUUGCCGUCGGAGGAAGAGCCCUCCUGCUCGCGCCGUUACAGCCAUGUCCUCGAGUCCUGCGGCGAGCUUCUGUGGGUGGUUGUGCAGGUCCAGUUGCGCAGUUACACUCCUAAGAGCGGCCUCAGACCCGUGCUCUCGGUGGUUGUGCACGCGCUAGGGGAGGAGACAACGACGUCGCCACCGGAGAAGAAUACACCACGGUGGGUGAGGAAAGACGGCCAUGGCCUGACCGACCGCGUGCUGUUCCUCGGGUGGCCCAACAGCUUCGCAUGGAUGCCUCGCGGCUGUUGGGCGGUAGGGACGUCGACGGCGGGUGUGUCUACUUCGUCUACCGUGAAAAUGCGGACUUGCCACGUGAACGUGAAGAGGUCGGCGUGUUCAGGUACAACCUCGUCGACGACAAGAUCAAGUACUGGUACUACGGUCGUCAAAACAAUCUUGAGAUCAUCGAGCGACUGCCUCAAGGAUUGGACGAGGGGAGGUGCGCGUGGCUACUACCCCAACCUGCUAUUGCUCCAAUUCAGGAACUCAAUGAGAGGGCGUUGAAGGCUCAAGAGCUCAAGCAGCAGCCGAUCUAGUUACUAGGCCAACACAUGUUGCUCACACCGAGAGACAUUUUUUUGGAUGGAUGUAGACUUGAGGUAAGCUCGGCGGCGACGCCGGCCAUGCAUCUUCCAGCAAAGUAGCGUAGCUACAUAUACACUAUAUAGCUUGAUCCUCUUUGUUCGUAAAAUGGCAAUGAAAUGUAUUGUUUGCACACAUCUCGAAAUUCAUUAUGUGUACUGACUCAAGUGGCGAAAAACAUGAAACUUUGAACUUUAUUUGCA